CAGCUUCAUGGAGCUGUUCAAGAAGAAGAUGGAGGAGGAAGAGAAGAGGAAGAGAGAGGGCGAGGAAGAGGAGAAGACGAAGAGCUCUCCUGCGGCUCCGGACAAGAAGCCGCUAAGCGCGAGCAGCUUUGUGGGCAAGCGGAGAGGAGGCGCGAGACUGGCCCUCAAGACCGGGAUGGUGGCCAAGAAACAGAAACUCGACUCCGAGGUGAGAUACAUGCUGUUCAAUCACGGUUAUUAGCGAUAUGAA